AUUCGCACCACUUUGCAGACGUCAGUUGUCCAGCCGCUCUACCUACUCGUGUUUGUUAUGAGGUGGACUGGAGAUAUGUUUUUCGUUACGGUUGUAUUGUUGAUUGCUCACAUAUUAGCAGUUAAAGGUAUUCAGGCGGAUCAAAGUAAUACUUUAUUCAUCGGCUCCAUAUCCGUUCGCGACAAAAACCAUUUCCGUUCGGUUUUCGAAAGACAAAUUAAUGAGUCUCCAUCUGAUGCUUCCAAAGUUUAUCAUGCCAUACUUGGUCUUCAUUCCCUUGGUGAACGGGUUCCUAACCCAGAUGAUGUUUGUUCCUCGCUGAACAAACCUAUUACCAACCCAGAAGAAGCACUGUAUGUGAGUGCGGGCCACAAAAUCAUUGGCUCUUCAAAGUGUAAGGUAUCAAUUUCAGAGGUCGAAAAGUUGUCCAAACAGUUGUUGACUGAAGAUAUAUCAAUUGAAAAUCUGUUUUACCUUGUUUCAUCUAUGAAAAAUCUGAAUAUUAAAAUUGAUGCUAGCCAUGUUUUGUCAAUAAUUAACAAAAUUAAAGACAAAGAUACCAGCCCAAUGACGUUAAGUUUCGUUUUACAAAUCUUGUCACAAAUUGGACUGACGAAAUCAAAUAUAAGUGGCCACGUAUCUAGUAUAGAUAAUGUUUUGGAACAAGCAAAUGAAAUAAGUUAUAAUCGGCUGUUUUAUGAAAAAGGCUUAUAUACAACGUCAUUCGUUGCAAAAAGUAUUAUUGACUUCCUUACUGCAUACGGAGAGGUUCCAAACAGCGUUGAGAACAAACUGGUCAAAUUGUUCAACCAUCUCUACACACGUCGUCAGACCACCAAUGUACGUGCUUCUGCUUACUUGGUUGCUGCUUUCAAAUCACUAACUGAUAGUCCAUUACUGUUGCCUGUUGUAAUUGAAUCAUCAGUUAAGAGCAAAGAUUUGGGUCUUUCCAUUCCUCCAACCCUAUCAAUCGAUCAAACCCAUCCUAUUUUAGAUUUACGUUUAAAGCAUAUUUGGACUGAUAUCUAUUUUAAACCUAGUGAAUUCAACCUCAAAGCCCAUGGUGUUUAUGCAAUCAAGCGACCUACUGGUGAUCGUAUUUUAAGCAGUUCAUCUGAUCUGGGCGCUUUCAAACAAGAUGAUAAAAACAAUGCUUUCCAGCUUACUUUGGAUUUGGAUACAAAAACUACUCCAGGAUAUUAUGAAUUAGAUGUAACUGGUAGUAAAAAGACAAAUGAUCGUCAAAAACUCCUUGGAAUAACUAAUAUCCAGAUCCCCUUACGUAUAAUUACAGAAGCAAAAGUUGCUCAAGCUACCAUAACUAUCAUGGAUUCUGCACGUGAACAACAUGUUGCUGACAUCAGUUUAACACCUGAGAAGACGUAUAAAGCUUCAACCGCUUCCGGAGCUAUCACUUUAGAAAUUGGUCAACAAAUAUCAAUAGAUUUAAAUAUUGUAGACAGUAAACAAAUCUCAUUGACAGCACAUCAAGUGUUCAUUCAGUUAACUCAUCAGAAAACUCAACAAGCUAUCACUUACACUUGUACUGAAACAAUUACAGAUAAAAAAUCUGAAAAGAAAAGUUACAAAUUACUCCUCGAUCCAGACUCGUCCGCAGCCGAAUUCGACUACCUUUCAGGGAUAUAUAAAGUCGACCUAAUUGUUGGUGAUUCAUCAAUCAAAGCUCCAAUCCUUUGGCACAUGUUUGACUUAGACCUUCGAUUCGUUGGUGAAGCCGGUGAUGAAACUAAACGUCGUAUUGCUCAGGCUACUGAUAUUUCGCGUCAAGAAUCAUCUUCUCCCGCUGGUUCCAGACGUGCAUUUACCCCGAAUGCAAUCAUUGGCUCUGGGCCGACAACCGCCAAGCCAGAAAUUGAUCAUAUGUUUCGCGCUCCAGAAAAACGUGCACCUCCUUUCUUGGCUCUUACAUUUACAAUUCUUUGUCUAAUUCCAUUACUUGGAUUAAUUAUAGCCUGGUCAGUUAUUGGCUUCAAUAUCUCCAACUUUAAAUUUUCUAUCUCCAAUAUUAUUUUCCACGCCGGUCUAAUAUCCAUUUGUUAUCUCUACUUCGUCUACUGGUGCCGUUUAGAUAUGUUCACAACUCUAAAAUACUUGAGUAUAUUAGGUGUGCCAACAUUUUUAGCUGGUCAUAGAGUUCUUCGAGCACAAGUUAUUGCUAAACAACAACAAACUGUCAGUAGUACACAAUCGUUAAAUGUAAAAAAGUGAUUUGCAUACAAUUGUGAAACUCAUUAAUUUAAUAGUAGUUACUGUUUUUCAUUUUCUGUUUUGUUUAUAAUUAGUCUUUAUUAUUUUAUUAUUGAAUAAUAAUGUGAAGAGCUCUGUAAUAAUGUGUGUGUGUGUACAUUAAAAAAAACUGUUCAUUUUGUCUAAUAUUCCCAUCCCUUUCCAAUCCCAUUAAGACAUGUUGUAUGUUUUUUGUUUAUUAAAAGAAAUAAAUUUGUCUG